UUUGGUUGUAGAAAGUGUUUGAUUGUCCAAUAUGAAACAAUACGUGGUGUUUGCGCUCGUCUUCGUGACAAUUCUCGUCCUGAUCAGCGGACAUCCGCUGGAGGAUCAAAAGAUUACCCUGGAGGAUGCUGAGGCCCAGCCGGGAAUCGAUGAUGGCACUGGAAUCAGGGCUGCCCGUCACUUUGGCGGCGGAUUCGGACGCGGUGGUGGUGGCUUCUGCUGCGGCGGAGGAGGCGGUGGCUACCGACGAGGAGGAUUCGGCGGUGGUGGCUAUCCAGGCGGUGGCUACGGUGGCUUUGGAGGAGGCGGUAGUGCCUCUGCCUCGGCGUCAGCUUCAGCCAGUUCCAGUUGGGGACGUAAAUAAUCGUAAUUUGCUUGCUUUUAAUUGAGACAAAAAUAGACAAGUUUCGAAACGAAAACAAAAACA